AUGCUUAACAAAAAUUACCUUUACAUUGCAUACUUGAUCGUUUUAUUUUAUAAAUAUAAAUUUAAUUUUAUGAUUUUGAAAGAAUUCAAUACAAAAUUUUAUCAGCUCAUUUUUUUGUUCAAUAAAAUGGAUGAGCAGAAAUUAUUUUCAGUUACAGUUGCAUACGAUGUGCAGUGUCCAGGCGGUAAGUUGACAUCAGAACAACGCAUGCAAAUUGUUGCACAACACAAUAAUUAUCGUAGUAAAUUGGCUAAUGGCAAAGAACGAAGUAAAGAUGAUAAUUUCAUGCCAAGUGCGCGAAAUAUGCUAAAAAUGAUAUGGAGCUGUGAUUUAGAACGAACUGCGCAACAGUGGGCAGAUCAUUGCAGAUUUCAGCAUUCAACAAGACAACAGAGAAAUAAUGCUGGUGAAAAUAUUUACUACUACCAAUCUUCGGAAGAUAUCACAAAUGAAGCACAAAAAGCUGCAUUGAUGGCUGGUGAAGCAUGGUGGUCUGAGUUAUAUGAAUUUUACUAUAGUAAUCCAUUAAAUGAUAUGACAAUGAAUCAGUUCAAUCCAAAAGUGGGACAUUUUACACAGAUGGCCUGGGCAAAUACACAUAAAAUUGGUUGUGGUAUUGCACCACAAUGUAGCAAUGGUCAUAAAGUAAUUGUGGUUUGCCAGUAUAAAGAAGCUGGAAACAUGAUUGGCAGCAAAAUUUAUGAAGUUGGUCAGCCAUGCAAAGGGAAUAGUGAUUGUGCAACAAAUAAAUGCUCAAUUGAGGACGGACUGUGCGUCAAAGAAGAAUAA